AAAAUUAAUAAACAAUUGAUUGGAGAGUUUCAAUGGGAUUAGAAUAUUAUUGACAUCUUUUUUUUUAAAAAUAAAAAAUAUUUAACAAUAAUAAAUCUGCAGGUAUGUGAAUACACAAAGGUGGGCAAUUUAAAUUUGGUUGUUAUUGCGAUAACAUGUCAUAAAAGUCGGAGUUGUUUGCCCAAAAUAUUUGCUUGUAGCUUAAAGAGUAUGUAUAUAAGGGAUUUUAAAUAUCUUACACUUAUUUAAUAAUAUUUAAAAAAAUUAACAAUUUGUGAUAAAAGUAUGGAGAAAAGGACAAAUUACUUUCAUACAAGAUUCUUGAUUUCUACACCCGCUCUCUUUUAUAGGAUUAUAAAUUAAAUUUAUGUAAAAACAAAUUUUUUUAAAAUCAGUCAAAAAAUUUGUCAAAUCAGUGGUUAAUUAAAUGAAAAAUGUUUUCUACUAUUAAAAUUAAUUAUGUUAGUAGUGAUACUUGUUUUACAAUUUUAAAAUUAAAAAAUAUUGUAAUGAAAUAUUGAAAAUUUUGAGGUUAAGAUGAAUCUUACGGUUCAUCCGCUUUCUGAAAAUCCCACUGCAGCUUGGGACGAAAUAUCACAAAAACAAAAAGUUAUUAAAAUUAAUGCAAAAACUCCAAAUACAGAAGCACCGAAUGAUAAGCUAAGGGUUGUUUGUAUGAGUGAUACUCAUUCACUUACUCCAUUUAUUAAAUUUGAUAUUCCCGCGGGUGAUAUUUUUAUUCACGCCGGUGAUUUUACAAAAUGUGGCAGUCUCGAUGAAGUUAUUGAAUUCAAUAAUUGGAUUGGAAAUUUGCCUCACAAGCAUAAACUAGUGAUAGCGGGAAAUCAUGAAUUAAGUUUCGAUUCAACGUUCACUCAUCCUUUUUCAACUCAAACAAGUGGUGAUCGUCAUAAACACACGGGAACCAGUAUUUUAGACAGUAUACCCACAUUGGGAAUGUCGAAGGAUGUUUUAGCUGAAGCUAUACAAACACGUAAUGUUAAGGAACAUUUAACAAAUUGUACUUACCUAGAAGAUGAGGAAGUCAUUAUAGAUGGAAUUAAAAUUUAUGGAUCGCCUUGGCAACCAGAAUUUUGCAAAUGGGCAUUCAAUGUACCUCGUGGUGAACAAUGUCUCUCAAAAUGGGAAAUGAUUCCAGUUGACACGGAUAUUUUAGUAACUCACACACCACCUGUUGGCCACGGUGAUCUUUGUUGUAGCGGUGUAAGAGCCGGUUGUGUUGAAUUAUUAACAACAGUCCAAAAUAGAGUUAAACCAAAAUACCACGUCUUUGGCCACAUCCAUGAGGGAUAUGGAAUAUCAACAGAUGGAAAGAUAAUUUAUAUUAAUGCCUCAACAUGUGAUUUAAAUUAUUUACCCAGCAAUCCGCCGAUUGUUUUUGAUAUAACAUUACCAUCAGGAACAAAGAAAACGUGAAUACUUUCCUAAUGGUCUGUUUAGAAUGAAUUAAAAAUUUUUUUACAAUUUUAAUAAUUCCUCGAUAAUUUAUGGUCAAAAAAAAAAAAGAAUUGAUUUCUUUUUACUUGACCAAUUGAUAAAUUACCCUUUUUAAGAAAAAAAAUUCAUGACAAGGUAAAUUAUUAAUAAAAAAAAUGUGAUAUUUUCAAAAAGCUUUAAAUUAUACAAAUUUGGCUCGAAAUUAAAUUUCUUAAAGGGAUCAAAUUUGUAAAUAUUUGUACAUUGAUUUAUAAUAGUUUAAUGAUUAUAUUUAUUUAUUUAAAUAAG